AUGACAGAAAGCCUGGUGAUCCCCUAUAGCGACACAAAGAACACCAAAGGCAGAGACGUUGAUGACUGCAAGAUCUCCUACAAAAGUCGGUUUAAGAUCAUGACUUCCGGAGUUGGGCCACCAACAACCAGAUUUGGGGGAUUCGACAUAACUGAAAUGGCGGCGUCAAAUUCAGCAGUUGCCAUAGAUGAAAGGAUGCAACGAAGGAGGCAGCAGGGAGAAGACUCGACGCAUCAUAUAUCAUCUAACCCUUCAAAGUCUUCGAGAAGUAGUAAUUCCCUUUAUAAAAUCGCAAGCGAGAGACGCUCUCGUCGAGUUAAGCUUUACCGCAAUGGCGAUCGCUUCUUCAAAGGCAUGCUGUACGCAGUUUCCAGUGAAAGAUUUCGGACUUUUGAAAGUCUACUAACCGCUCUGACCUCAACAGCGGUCUGUGACAAACGAGUCAUGCCGAACGGCGUGCGCCACAUCUUUUCUCUGGACGGAAAUCGUCGGCUACAUAGCGUGGAGGAGCUGAGGGAAGGAGAGAGUUACGUAUGUGCAUCUGGAAAUUCUUUCCGCGCCAUUGAUUACAGCAAAAUCGAAGAUGCCGUCUGGAAUUCGUGUAUGUUUCCAGAGCACGGCUCAAAUCGCAGUUUAAAUAAGAAGACACAGAAUAAGACAGCAGAAACAUCCAGUUCCCAGAACUCGGAGACAUUCUCCACGUCCUCUUUACAGAGUCAGCCCAGGCCGGAAAGCGCGCGGGACAAGUGCGCCACAAGCGUGCGUGACAGGAGGACAUGUCGGUCACACUCCUAUAAGAGUGACACCAGCGGUUCUGAAAGGAAAGGUAACGAACACUUACAAACAACGAUUGUCAGCCCUCGCCUGGUUACACUAGUCAGGAACGGCAGGAAGCCCCGAAAGGUGUUCAGAUUUCUGCUUAAUAAGAAGACAGCCAAAUCUUUCGAGCAGGUGAUGACAGACAUUGCCGAAAUGGUCAACUAUGACUGCGGACAAGCGAAGAGAGUCUACACCAUCUCUGGUCAGCAGGUAAUGUGUCUGGGGGACUUUUUCCAAAACGACACCGUGUUCCUGGUGUGUGCCCAGGACAAGCCUAAAGCCGAAGACUUUCAUCUGGACAGCGACGAAUCAAGACAAACACAGGUCCGCCGUCUGUCUGCAGGGAAGGAUAGGGAGCGAACGACGAGGAAAGUGUCUUCACCAGCCUCGAUAAAAUCCUCCAGGUCGUCGAUGUCGACAUCCAAAGACGUAUCCCAAAAGAACACGCGGCGACCCCACUCAGAUGGUGACAGCCCUCAACAGAAAGCGGAUAAAAAGACAGUCAAUAAAGAACACAUAGAAAGUUGCGUGUCCAGUUUACCGAUGCCAAAAGUGCUGACCAAUAAAUACGAAGUGGGGAGACCGAUUGGGACUGGAAAUUUUGCUGUGGUCAUGGAAUGUAGAGACAGGAAAACAAAACGAAAAUAUGCUCUCAAAAUCAUCAACAAGGAUCUCUGCAAAGGCAAGCCCUCCCUGCCAGGUAGGCCUAAAUGUUUAAUGUGGCUAAGCUGCCCCCCCCCCCCCCCAUUGUACACAAUCUCCCACUUGUUUAUAUAUAUUUUUUGCAAUCUUCGCCAAUGCUG